CAAGACGGAUGUUAACAGGGCUAACAGGUGGCAGACACGGAAUGUCCGUGACGCCUACAAGAGUGAGCUCGCACAAUUUGAAGGGAAAUAAAUUUAAUUGUGCCCUCUGAUACAUCACACAAUAGCCAUUAUGGACAAACUAAAGUCAGUUUUGAGCGGUGAAGAGGCGCGGAAUGAAGACCGCAAUAUUUUACAGGCAGCGAACGAAGCCUCCACUUUAGGCUGGGGUACACGCAUAAAAGGAUUCAUCGGCUGUUUCGUGAUUGGCGUUGUUUGCACUAUAUUGGGAGUAUGCACGCUGUUCAUUCCAAAGAUUGGAAUCAUUAUAUUCAUCGUGUUUUACACCUUUGGAAAUGUCUGCUCCCUAUCCAGCACCAUGUUUCUGAUGGGCCCAGUGAAACAGCUGAAGAGGAUGUGUGACAAAACGAGAGCUCUGGCUACCACCAUCAUGCUGACCUGUCUUGUGUUGACCCUCUGUGCUGCAUUCUGGUGGAAGAACUUUGGUCUUGCUCUGUUGUUCUGCAUCUUGCAAGUCUUAGCAUUUGCCUGGUAUGGCUUGUCGUACAUUCCAUUUGUAAGGGAUGCAAUACUGAAGCUUUUUACCAUGUGUGUGAAGUGAAGAUCACAGAUGAAGGAGCUGACACUUGCUAUUCUUCAACACUAUUGAAUUUGGGGUUUUCUAUACUACCAUUGGUUCUUUCUAUACUGCCAUUGGUUCUAAAGACAAUAACUUUUGCAGAAAGGAUGACUCAGUUGUAUUUGGUUAGUUUACUAACUAUCUUCAAACGUCUACAAAAGUUUCAAAGUGUUAUUUUUUGUGUUUUUAAUGGUUGGCUAUUAACAAUAUUAAUGUUAGGAUGCUAGAUUAGGCUACUUUCUCAAAUUGAUGGUUCUCAGGGAAGGCUUAGCCUACAACUUUGAAGCUUACACUGAUUGAAUGUAUUAUGAUAAUAAAUUAACAAAAAUGUC